ACGGAAGCGGGAGCCCCCGGGCCCAGCCACGGGGAAAGGGCGGUGGCGUCGUGGUGGCGAUUGCGCAGGAGCAUGUCCCGCCCCGCCCCCAGCAACAGGUAGCAGCCCAGGAGCCCGCGCUCCGCCUGACGUGUGUUUCGGAAGAGCAAGACCUCAUUAAGAAGUGGAGUGCUUAUAAAGUGAACUGAAAGAGGCGUUGAUCUGACCGUUCCAUGGAUCCUUUGGGAGCUCCUUCCCAUUUUGUGGAUAUUGAUACUUUGCCAGGAUGGGCUGAUCUUUUUGAGGCAGACCGAUUGAACACCUCUCCAAUUCCAUUUGAAAAAAAGCAAGUUGACAUUCGAUCGCCCUUCCUGUAUAGGAAAGACAUCAAUGCAAAAGUAAUAUUGUGGAAGGGUGAUGUAGCAUUGCUGAACAGCACAGCCAUAGUGAAUACCAGCAAUGAGUCUCUUACGGAUAAGAAUCCAGUGUCUGAAAGCAUUUACAUUCAUGCAGGACCUGACCUGAGGGCUGAACUACAGAAACUCAAAGGCUGUCGGACAGGGGAAGCAAAGCUGACAAAGGGUUUUAAUCUUGCCGCCCGUUUCAUCAUUCAUACUGUGGGACCCAAAUACAAAAGUCGAUACCGAACAGCAGCAGAGAGUUCCUUAUAUAGCUGUUAUCGCAACAUCCUUCAGCUUGCAAAGGAGCAAGCAAUGUCCUCUGUGGGGUUCUGUGUGAUAAACACUGUGAAACGAGGUUACCCUUUAGUAGAUGCCACCCACAUAGCUCUGCGAACAAUCAGGCGAUUUUUAGAGGUUCACGGGGAAACUCUUGAAAAAGUGGUAUUUGCAGUGUCUGAGCUUGAAGAGGCUACUUAUCAGAAGAUGCUGCCGCUGUACUUCCCACGAUCACUAGAAGAAGAGAAUCGGUCCCUGCCUUUCCUUCCAGCUGACAUUGGCAAUGCAGAAGGGGAGCCAGUAGUGCCAGAACGUCAGAUCAGAAUUAGUGAAAAGCCAGGGGUCUCAGAGGAUAAUUCUGAUGAGGAAGGACUAGAAGCAGACCUCUCGUUUAUUGGUUCCCAUGCUUUUGCCCGAAUGGAGGGAGAUGUUGAUAAACAGAGGCGUCUCAUCCUUCAAGGACAACUCUCGGAGGCAGCACUGCAGAAACAACAUCAGAGGAAUUACAACCGCUGGCUUUGUCGGGCAAGAGCUGAAGACCUGUCUGAUAUCGCUUCCCUUAAAGCUUUAUACCAAACAGGUGUUGAUAACUGUGGUCGUACAGUAAUGACAGUGGUUGGGAGGAAUAUUCCUGUAACACUCAUAGACAUGGAGAAGGCUCUCUUGUACUUUAUCCACGUGAUGGACCACAUUGUAGUGAAGGAAUAUGUCAUUGUAUAUUUCCAUACACUCACUAAUGUCUACAAUCACUUAGACUCGGAUUUCCUGAAGAAACUUUCUGACAUUGUCGAUGUCAAGUACAAAAGAAAUCUGAAGGCCUUGUACUUCGUCCAUCCAACAUUUCGCUCAAAGGUUUCAACAUGGUUUUUCACAACCUUUACUGUUUCCGGUCUGAAGGACAAAGUCCACCACGUGGAAAGCCUCCAGCAGCUCUUCACAGCCAUUCCUCCUGAACAAAUUGACUUCCCCCCGUUUGUUCUUGAAUAUGAUACCAGGGAAAACGGAACAUACUAUUCUUAUCCCUCUUCUCCUGACCUCUGACUCUGCAGCUCGGCGUUUUCCGGUUUUCAAACACCUUAUGACAUGCUGCUUGCCAAUACCCUGCGUACCGAGCUAACCCAAUUUAUUUAUAGAAAUCAGAGAAAGGGUUUUCCUCCCCACCUCUGUUAUUUUUUUACAAUGAGAUAAUUGCAAAGACACAAUCGGAAAACUAAAUCACAGUGAGCUGUUUCAGAUCGAUCUAUCCAGUGAAAAGGUUGAUUCAUGGACAUGGGAGUAGAUUUUUUCUCUGAAUAGCCUGAUUCUCUCUCUACCCCCAUUAAUACCAUGUUCCCAAGAGAUCCGUGGCCCAGGGUUUUUUUUAAUUUGUUUUGAAAAAAGACACAGUCUCCGUUUAACAGUGUUCUAUGGUCUUUGCUUAUUGAAUCCUCUGCUGGUGCAGAUACAUUCACAGAGUUCCUGUAGAAAUAUCUGCAGGCUGGGCAAAGCACUGUCACAAGUCCUGAAGCUACCACGGAGUUCAGCAUCAUAAAUGCUCGAUGGCUGGGAAUCUGGUCACCUGUCUCUUUCGCUGGUUGAUGUAAAGGUGCUGCUCCUGCUUUCUCACAAAAUAAAACUGAAGGACAUAUCA